CUCAACCCUGAUGGGAGCCCUGCAGCAGCCACAGAGGCAGGACCCGGCCCGGCCCGCUGCCUCUAGAUGAGGUGUGCUCGCCAUGCAAUGCUCCUGGAAGGCAGUGAUUGUGCUGGCGUUGGCCUCCAUCGCCAUCCAGUACACCGCCAUCCGGACGCUGACCUCAAAGCCUUUCCAGCUGUGCCCGCUGCCCAGCCCCCAGAACUGUGGUCUGGGCGGCCAGGAGACCGACCCCCCCUUUGAGCGGGGCGGCGGCGCUGGCUGCGAGGACUACAACUACUUCACGGUCAACGCCAGCCGUAAGACGCACAUCCUGGUGCUGGCCACAACUCGCAGCGGCUCCUCCUUCGUGGGCCAGCUGCUGAACCAGCACCAGGACGUCUUCUAUCUGUUCGAGCCGCUGUACCACGUGCAGACCACCCUGAUCCCCCGGCUCUCGCACAGCCGCAACGCCGCCGACCGCCGCGUGAUGCUGGGGGCCAGCCGGGACCUCCUGCGCAGCCUGUACGGCUGCGACCUGUACUUCCUGGAGAGCUACAUCAAGCCGCCGCCCACCAACCACAGCACCGACAAGCUGUUCCGGCGCGGGGCCAGCCGGGCGCUGUGCCAGCAGCCCGCCUGCGACGCCUUCGGGCCCGAGGACGCCAACGUGGAGGAGGGCGACUGCGUGAAGAAGUGCGCUGCGCUGAACAUGUCGCUGGCCACUGAGGCCUGCCGGGACAAGCGGCACGUGGCCAUCAAGACGGUGCGGGUGCCGGAGGUGGGGGACCUGCGGGCGCUGGUGGACGACCCCCGGCUCAACGUGAAGGUGGUCCAGCUGGUCAGGGACCCCCGCGGGAUCCUGUCCUCCCGCAUCGAGACCUUCAGGGACACCUACCGGCUGUGGCGCAUCUGGAGGGCCACGGGGCGACGGCCGUACAACCUGGACCUCUCACAGCUCACCGUGGUCUGCGAGGACUUCCUGAACUCGGUCACCACUGGCCUGGCUCACCCCCACUGGCUGAAGGGGAAGUACAUGCUGCUCCGCUACGAGGACCUGGCCAGAAACCCGCUGCAGAAGACAAAGGAGAUGUACGACUUCCUGGGUCUGGCCAUGGAUAAAAACGUGGAGGAAUGGAUCCACGCCAACACCAGGGGCAGCAGCGAGCCCUCGGCCAAACACAAGUUCGGCACGGUCAGAGACUCGGCGGCCAACGCGGAGAGCUGGCGGCUGAAGCUGUCUUACGACAUGGUGGAGUACACGCAGGCGGUCUGCGAGAAGGCCCUCCUGCAGCUGGGCUACAAGGCUGUGAGGUCUGCGGACGAGCUGAAGAACAUGUCCCUCUCAUUGGUGCAGGACAAAACCUUUGUGGCUUUUUUGUAACAAGAUACUUUCUUCAAUGACUAUUUUUGAUAUAUUUAUAAAUGUUGCCUUAUCAGUUUGCUAGAUCAUUGUUUUGGUUUCUUUUCUUUUUUUCUGGAUUAAUGUUUGUUCAAAUUUGCACUAAACUUCAAACGUCUUUGAAUGCACCAGGGGAAGAAUGGAUGAUUCCCCACGGUUAAAAAUACAGCACACUUUUAAUUAAAAGAAGACAAAAAAUGAGCUAGUUUACAAAUUAUUAGUGUAAUCAACUUUUUUUCCUUCCACAUAUUGCCCUCAUUCAUCUGUAAGUUAUUGUUUAAUCAUGAGCUAAAUACUGCUCCUUUAUUGGUUGGUUAGGACCAGAUGUUUCAUGCACUCCUUUUAUUCCGUUCUUUAGCAUCUUCUGGUUUAUUUGUUCAUUUGUUUGAGACCUGUGAUGACAACUCUGGACUGUACGAGCCCUACUGUGCAAUAAAUUGUGA